AUGGCACCACCAGAAUCAACAUUCGUCGAUACCUCAGAAGGCAUUUCCACCCUCCUCUCCUCAAUCCCUAUACCAGACCAAACCUCCACCCCAUCAAUAUUCAUCGAUCUAGAAGGCGUAGACCUCUGCCGUACGGGUUCAAUCUCCAUCCUCCAACUCUUCAUCUCCACGAUCCCCCACAUCUACAUCAUAGACAUCCACACACUCGGGAACAUUGCAUUCACAACUCCAUCUUCCACUAACGCAUCAGUAACUCUGAAGAGUAUCCUCGAGGAUCCCACCAUUCCAGUCGUAUUCUACGAUAUUCGAAGCGAUAAUGAUGCUUUAUACCAUCAUUUCUCAAUCCAGAUUUCUAAUGUAAUCGAUCUACAAUUAUAUGAAUUGGCAACACGAGACGGGUUCAUCUCCAGCCGUCGAUUCCUCCACGGUCUUUCCAAAGCAAUAUUAGCGAACGCAGGUCUUUCCGCAGCUGAAGCGGUAAGAAUGGAUCAUGUCAAACAACGUGGGUUACAGUUAUUCGCUCCGGAGAAAGGGGGUAGUUAUGAGGUAUUCAAUCGUAGACCUUUACCGGAUGAAUUGUUGGAGUAUUGUGUUCAGGAUGUGCAGUAUUUACCGGUGCUGUUGAGGAAUUUUAAGCAGAGGCUUGGGAGGAUGGAUAGGAGGUGGAUGGAGAGGAUUAGGGCGGAGACGGAGGCUAGGAUAGCGUUGUGUAGGAGGGAUUCGUUUCCUAAGGGGAGGCAGAACGCUUUGGCGCCGCGGGCUUUUCAGAAUUUUUUUAGAUAG